UCGCUGUCGGUAAAAGUCAUUGGUAAUUUACCGGAAGUCUUAUAGGAUAAAACCGCUGACGUCACGUCUCUCUUCCUCUUCUACCACCGCCAUAGUGGGGAAAGGACUGUGGUGAAAAUGUCGUCCCACAAGACCUUUAGGAUCAAGCGCUUUCUAGCUAAGAAGCAGAAACAAAACAGGCCCAUUCCUCAGUGGAUCAGAAUGAAGACUGGAAACAAGAUCAGGUACAACUCCAAGAGGAGGCACUGGAGGAGGACUAAGCUUGGCCUGUAAACGCGACCUGGUCCAUGGAUCCAGCAUCCAUCCAUUCCAUCCGACCUGCUGGGCUUCACCUUUUAUUGUGGAGGGGGACUCGGUGUCAUCUGGAGCAGCGGCAGUUUUGUACAGAUUCUCUGGUUUGACAAUAAAAGAUCUGUGAUCAAGCUCCAA